AUGACGGGGGAGGGAAACGAAAAGCGAAGCGCGGUAAUUUUGAAGAAGCGCUCACGAACUUCAUCGCGCAGGAGAGUCAGAGUCAGUACUGAAGAGAACGAUGACGCAACAGGCAAGCAGGGUCUGGAACUUGUUGCAAAGGACAGAAUUGGGAAAAGGAAAAGAAAAGAAUGGGAAAGACCACACUUUUCAGCGAAUGGAAAACUAUCAGAGCCCAGCGCAAUUGCAACUGCUGUGAGGGAAGACAUCGGUGGAGAGGCUAACCCUCACAACAAGAGGAAAAAGCCUUUUGGGCCUAUGCAGGCACCCGCUCACAUUCGUACCUCUGUACGCGUUGAUUAUCAGGCAGAUAUAUGUAAGGACUAUAAAGAGACGGGGUAUUGCGGUUUCGGUGACUCCUGCAAGUUCUUGCAUGAUCGUAGUGACUACAAGGCUGGGUGGCAGUUGGAGCGAGACUGGGCAGAAAAAGAGAAGCUCAGGAGGGAAAAGGUGAUACGGGGUGAAAACCCGGACGAGGAGUCCCAAGGAAACGAGUCGCAAAAAGAUCUCGAUGAAGAUGGGCUCCCCUUCGCAUGUUAUAUCUGCCGAGGUGACUUCAAGAACCCAGUCGUGACGAUAUGUCACCACUACUUCUGCGAACAGUGUGCACUAGACCGGUUGUCAAAAGACUCAACAUGCGCAAUUUGUAGAAAACAACUGUCUGGGACGUUAAACGUGGCAACUAAAUUAGUCGCGAAGUUGAAAACAAAGCUGCGUAAGUCACAGCAGUAA